CACCCGUCCGAGGAGGAGGAGGCAGGCAGGCAGCAGCAUCAUGGCAACGACUACUUGUACACGUUUUACAGAUGAAUACCAGCUGUACGAGGAGCUUGGCAAGGGGGCCUUUUCAGUGGUGCGCCGCUGUGUCAAACUCUGCACAGGCCAAGAGUACGCCGCCAAAAUCAUCAACACCAAAAAACUCUCGGCCAGAGACCACCAGAAGCUGGAGAGAGAAGCUCGCAUCUGCAGACUACUGAAGCACCCCAACAUCGUUCGUCUCCAUGACAGUAUCUCAGAGGAAGGUUUCCACUAUCUAAUCUUUGACCUGGUGACAGGAGGGGAGCUGUUUGAGGAUAUUGUGGCGAGAGAGUACUACAGUGAAGCAGAUGCCAGUCAUUGCAUCCAGCAGAUCCUGGAGGCCGUGCUCCACUGCCAUCAGAUGGGGGUGGUACACAGAGACCUCAAGCCGGAGAACCUGCUGCUGGCCAGCAAGUGUAAGAACGCAGCCGUGAAGCUGGCCGACUUCGGACUGGCUAUUGAGGUUCAAGGAGACCAGCAGGCCUGGUUUGGCUUUGCAGGGACUCCCGGCUACUUGUCCCCAGAGGUGCUGAGGAAGGAGGCGUACGGUAAACCCGUAGACAUCUGGGCAUGUGGUGUGAUCCUGUACAUCCUUCUGGUUGGGUACCCUCCCUUCUGGGACGAGGACCAGCACAAACUCUACCAGCAGAUCAAAGCUGGAGCGUAUGACUUUCCCUCCCCAGAGUGGGACACUGUGACUCCAGAGGCUAAAAAUCUGAUCAACCAGAUGCUGACGAUCAACCCGGCCAAGAGGAUCACUGCCCAGGAGGCGCUGAAGCACCCAUGGGUCUGCCAACGCUCGACAGUGGCCUCCAUGAUGCACAGACAGGAGACGGUCGAGUGCCUGAAGAAGUUCAACGCCAGGAGGAAACUCAAGGGCGCCAUUUUGACCACCAUGCUCGUCUCCAGGAACUUCUCUGUGGGUCGGCAGACUACAGCCCCCGCCUCCGUCAGCGCCGUGGCAGGAACCACCGCUGGCAUCGUGGAACAAGCCAAGAGUCUCCUCAACAAGAAGGCUGAUGUCAAGCCCCAGACAAACAGCACGAGAAACAGCAUAGUCACCAGCCCCAAAGGCAACGUCCCCUCUGCUGCACUGGAGCCUCAGACUACUGUCAUCCAUAAUCCAGUAGAUGGGAUCAAGGAAUCAUCUGACAGCAGCAACACCACUAUUGAGGAUGAGGAUGUGAAAGCUCGCAAACAGGAAAUCAUAAAGAUCACAGAGCAGCUUAUCGAAGCUGUCAACAAUGGAGACUUUGAGGCCUACGCGAAGAUCUGCGACCCUGGUCUGACCUCGUUUGAGCCCGAGGGUCUGGGUAAUCUGGUGGAGGGAAUGGACUUCCAUAGGUUUUACUUUGACAAUCUCCUCUCCAAGAACAGCAAACCCAUCCACACCACCAUCCUCAACCCUCACGUGCACAUGAUCGGGGACGACGCCGCCUGCAUCGCCUACAUCCGCCUGACGCAGUUCGUGGACGGGCAGGGCCGCCCGCGCUCCAGCCAAUCAGAAGAGACCAGGGUAUGGCACCGCAGGGACAGCCGGUGGCAAAACGUCCACUUCCACUGCUCAGGAGCUCCUGCUGCCCCGCUGCAGGGAUGAGGUACGUGAGACUGACGAGGAGGCGGAGACGAGCAGAGAUAAUCUGAGAGAGAGAGAGAACCGGCGCUGAGAGAGAGAGGUGGAGGUGGAUGGAGGUUGAGUUAAAGGAGUCACCCGGCUCACCCACCUCUCUCUGUCUCUCUCUACGACCUCGACAGCAGACGGUAACACCGACCGCCCGACGCCACCGCGGUGCAGCCGAGGGCCAAUCAGCUGCAGAAAGGAAACUCUUUAAACCUGCGUCUUGUCUUUAGUCUCCGGCCCGUGAGUGGGUGCAGUCUGACGCCGCAGCACACCUGGACAACACCUGUCCUCCUCUAUCCUGUGCUGCGCAGCCCCCAGCGUGGCUCUCUCCUGUUGAAGAUUUCCUCCUUUUACUUCUUCUCCAACAUAAAGUUUAUUGUUCCUUACUUCUAGUAUUAUUAUGGCUGCAGUCUAUCGUUGUGCUCUUUCCACUGUACAGUAUAUUUAUUAGUCAUCUUUCUGGUAUCUCCUUCUCCUCCUUCUUCUUCUUCUUCUUCUUCUUCUUCUUCUUCUUCUUCUUCUUCUUCUUCUUCUUUUUUAUGGCGAGCAUGACUCCUACCUGUAUCCUUAUUAGCAGUGGCUGUUUUUCUGCACGACUAAGGCUGCCUGUGUGAAAUGAACAAACAGAACCACGUGUCUCGCGGAGAGAGAGAGAGAGAGACAGUGGGUGUAUUUAAUUACCUGUUUUUGUUUUGUUAUUCAAUGGAGUUUUAUUCCCUUCUCUCUGGAGUGUAGUUGACCCCCCCAAACCGACGCCUCCGUGUGUUUCGCCUCUGCGCCGCUCUGUGAGACAGUGAAAACCAUGCAGCAUGCUAAAGAUGUUCCUGUCGUUUCUUAAUCGAUUCUCUGUGUUCUGAACGUUGCAAGUUAACCGCUGAAACUUUAUGACAAAUGGUUGAAAUUCUAGUAUCACGCUGUUUAUGUAAAUCUCCAGUUUCAUCGUGGUGACUUAACUACAAUUAACGCUGUAGACGGUAUUUAAUUGCAUGAUAUUCCGAGUUAGUAGAUGGGUGAGUUGGGUGUUAUCGUGCAUUUUGUUGAGUUCUUUUCUUUUCUCUUUUUGGACUGAGCUGCUGGUGAGCUAUAAUCUGCUGCCUCUGUUUUCUGGGCUUUGUAAGUGCAUAAACUCUUUUUGUGUUCAUAUCAUAGUGUAGUGUACGAGGAUGCUGGUGAGGGAUCUGCCUCUUAGACAAACAGUUGGUUCCAGAUCUGAUUUAAAAAUGGCUCUUUACUGUGUCCAAGAUAAAAACCCAAGAUCCUAAUUAAUCACUUUUAUCUUUAGGAAUCAAAACAGAUCUCACAUCAGCGUGUUUGAUUCUUACUUGAGAUUAUUUUCAGAUAUUUAAAUGACGGCUUUUUAAAAGACACUAAACGAGGCAUUGAUAGCAAAGCCUCAAAAUAGUCGUUAAUUGUUUUAUUUUUGAAAUUGUCUGUAAACUUCUCUCAGUCCUGUGAAAACCAUGUAUCUGAAAAACUUUCACUUGUUAAAAACCUGUUUUUAACUUUAUCACAUGAGUUUUUUAGAUAAUCCAAUUGGUUUUUAAUGGUUUAUUUAGCCAAUAAGAAAAGAAUAAGAAUUUUAUCAACCCAUAGAGGAACAGUAAUUAAUACUUAAAGUGACUAUAGUCACUGUUUUCAUAUUAAAGUAUCAAAUGACAGUGUGGAAGGUGGUGAACCUGCAGCUGCCCUGUUUUUGUGGACAAACUCAUCAAAUCAUCAAUCAAGUUAUUAUUCUAAGCAGAGCGUUUUUCUUCAUGUCUGAAGGGGAUCUUUAAGUUCAAAGUUGGACAUACGUGGUUUUCACUGGACAUUAAUUGUGCACAAGAAAAAACUAAAUCUUUUAUUUAGUCAAAAUGAAUAUAUUAAGUCUAAAUUAAUGGAAUCAACCAGUGAAAUAAGAAAAGUCUCAUUAAGUAGAAUGUGAAAUGUUCCUCGGUGGUGUUCAUCAACCUCUCCUCAAGAGGGCGCCAACAUCUCACAGCAGACAACUGUAUCUGAGUCAAGUGCAGGGUUCACAAUGUAAAUAUGACCAGUGCUGCGUUCAGGUGCUUGUGGGAGUGAAGGUAAUGACAGACUGACACAGAUAACGUCAAUCAGCGUUUACAGUAUUUUACAGCUGCUUUUGCUCAAUUUUCCCAACAGAGUUUCAGCUUGUAGAAAAGUCAAUGUAAAAAUAAACUCUUAAUGAAUGCUGCAAAAUUAAAAUAUUUUUGAUAAUUAAUUUAUCAUAUUUUAAGUAUAACUUACACACCGUCUCAGAUGUGAGCAUUUCCUGCUUCACAUUGUUCUAUAUAAUUGUAAACUCGAUAUUUUUAGGGUUUAGAAUCAGAUAAGAACAAAUCUGAGCGUCGUCUCGGACUGUGGGAGCUCGGGAUUGUUGUGUUUUUGUUUUCUGUUGUUCUCUUGCAUCAUUAAGACUGAAUGAUGAAUCAGUCACCGGAGAAAUCAGUCUGCAGAUCCGUCACGAUGGUGAAAUCAGUCGUUCGACGCAGCCACAAUCUGUAACACAUACAGUUUUAUCAGAGCAUCACAACGUUGUUUAUAUUCACCUGUGAAUUUCAAUCAUUUUAACAUUUUAAAAUAUAAGAUAAUGAUCAAAUAAUGCUGUCAAUCACUAGUUACUUCUACUUCUGAUUCUAACUGAUUACUAAUUCACUUAUCAAUAAUUCUAAUGAAAACAGAACAUAAAGGUAAUUUCAUCAAGAUUAUACACAAAGUGCAGCUUCCUCAGCAGUCAGUAUUUAAAUGGUGUAGAAUAAGAGUGACUUUUAAUUGAAAAUACUGCAUCACUGUAAAUAUAGACAAUAAGAGAUAUAGAUAAUAAUAAAUAUAGAUAAUAAGAGUCUGACUUUGCACUGCUGUAAAUCUCCAUUCAUACAAAACAAAAUGACGAUGUUGCUGCACCAGUUUGUUUUUAUUUGAGAUAUCAAACCUGAGAUAUUUACAUUAAAAUAACAAAAAUAUAUAAGAAAUAAAAUCUUUGGGCCAACAAAGGAUAUGUCUGUAUGCUCAUGACUGAAGGUGUGUUUUGUGUUUAAAGAUAAGAAUUUAGAAAGUCAGUUUAACAGUUUUUAUUUUCAUUUAUAUUCAAACGACGUAGUAACAAGGGUUCGAUAGCAUCCAAAACUGGAGGUGUGUCCUUUCUAAACAGCUGACAGCAUGUCCAGUGCUACAGUACACGUCCGUAAAGAUGGUUUUUUGGUUCCGUUUCUCUAAUUAAAAUUGAGCCAAAGCAGCGGUAAAGUACUGCAGGUCAAAUGACAGCUGUUCCACAUGCUUUAGUCACAUUAACAAACAUGACUGGAUGGAUUAUCAUCACACAGACACUCUGCAGGUUGUUUUUGGUGGAUUUUUGUUUUUAAAGCAUAUUGUGUCACUGAAAUUCCCACAAAGGGCAUGAAGCCAAAACCAACAGUCCUCCUUCCUGUCCGCUCCAAAAACCCCUAAUAGUAUCAGUAGCUCAACAGGAUUACUGGUCACCUGGAGUCACUGUCCCCUUUGGCAACUAAUCCACAUCCAGUUAAUUAGUCAGUAACGUAACAC